AUGAUGACGAUGCAUGUCGUCAAUUUCUACUGCGCAGCCGCAGACCGGGUGACGAAAAUGGUUCUCAUCAAGGAAUACCGUGUUGUGUUGCCGGUCUCUGUGGAAGAGUAUCAAGUAGGACAGCUGUACUCCGUGGCCGAGGCCAGCAAGAAUGAGACAGGAGGAGGAGAAGGCAUCGAGGUGCUGAAAAAUGAACCCUACGAAAAGGAGGGGGAGAAAGGACAAUACACACACAAAAUCUACCAUCUAAAAAGUAAAGUUCCGGGGUAUGUGAAGAUGAUUGCACCAGAGGGAGCAUUAGUUUUUCACGAAAAGGCUUGGAACGCGUAUCCUUACUGCCGCACCAUUGUGACGAACGAGUACAUGAAGGACGACUUUAUGAUAAAGAUCGAGACAUGGCACAAACCCGACAUGGGAACGAUAGAAAAUGUCCAUGACCUGGAUGAGCAGACAUGGAGGACGGUGGAGGUGGUGCACAUAGAUAUUGCAAAUAAAGAAGAAGUGGCCCCAGGGGACUACAAACCAGAAGAAGAUCCUGCUCUUUUCCAGUCUCUCAAGACAGAUAGAGGACCACUAAGCCCUGAAUGGAAGAAUGAGCUGAAGUCAGAUUGUCCUUACAUGUGUGCAUACAAGCUGGUCACUGUCAAGUUCAGAUGGUGGGGUCUGCAGACUAAAGUGGAAAAUUUCAUCCAUAGGCAAGAAAAGCGAAUUUUCACCAACUUUCACCGUCAGCUGUUCUGCUGGAUCGACAAAUGGGUGGGUUUGACCAUGGAGGACAUCCGACGGAUGGAAGAGGAAACUCAGAAAGAGCUUGAGGAGAUGCGUCAGAAAGGUGAUGUGCGAGGCACCUCUGCAACAGACGAGUAGAGGCACGAUGCUGUAGGUCAAACACUAGAAGCAGGCUGACUGCGUAAAACAGGUCCGAUUCGAGGCACCAGUGCUGCUCAUGAGCAAUGAGGCAAAUCAACCAAACCCUGUUAUGAUGAUGUCAUCAGAGACCCUGCUGAGGAAGUGGCCCUGAUGUCACCUCUUCUCGUCCUGUCUCACAUGAUUCAUUGGGGGGUUUGACAUGAUUGGUUAACAGUACUGUACAGAUCCUACUCCAAUCAAGCCUCCUGUUCACUCUGUAAACACAAAUAAACAUAAAAAAACAUGUUUUUGCAUACGUAUAGAAAAGAGAAAAAAUGAUUUGCACAGAACAUAAAUUGCCUGAUAUGUAAUUGUUAGUUGAUUAUUAUGAUGGGCUUUGUUUUUUAUCCAGGUGUCUAAACCAUGACUCCGGAAGUCAAGCCUUUUAAAUUUGAAUGUUUUUAGCUUCAUGGGUUCCCAUAAUGAUUGGUUAAUUCAAGCAAGUAUUGGAACAUUUUGUCCCCGCCCCAUCUUGUAAUAUAACUAACUUAAUCCUCGGCUCUCUCCACUUUGUUGUUUAUAUGUUUUGUCCUUGUGGACGUUUGUUUAAACCCCUCUCUGUCGUCUUGCUGUCUGGCAUUUGGUUAGUAAUACCCUUUUUGAAUUUUGAGACAGUUUGAUCAUUUUUGGCUUUUCUCCCUCCACACAUGCCUGCAUUAAAAAUGCCCUCCAUCAGGGAGCGCAUAUGGUCAGCUGCAAGUCCUCACUUCACCGUCUCUGCAUGUGUACAGUCGCUGCAGUGCAGCUUUGCUCAGAUGGAUCUUUUGUGUUGUUAGAGAGCUCGUGAGCGCCCUCUAGGAAGGCUUAGACAAUUCACUUCAGUGUUACUGUGUGUUUGUGUGCUUUUGUGUUUUUCCAACUGCCUUCACUCAAAAGGCCUGUCACUGAGAUGGAUCACUUAAAAUCCAGGCUCGACCAGCCUCGUGAACUUUGCCUCACGCUGUUGCUGUAUGGCCUUUGUCCUUGACUAGGGCUAAAUUAAACCACAAAAAACAACACACACAACGGAGAGUGAGUGUGUGCAUUGCUGCAUGCAGAAUUUAUUUGCAGAUGUUAUCAUCUGACAGAAAUGGGUCCAUGCAGAGCUGCCGUUUGUUGAAAAAAAUAUAUAUGUGUGUGUAUCAUAUUAUAUAUAUAUAUAUAUAUAUAUAUAUAUAUAUAUAUAUAGUAACAAAGUCUGGUGAUCUAAAGGGAGUUGGCUUUGUCAUCCUGCUCACUUUCAUGGCUACAUAUAUUUAAGAUUUUGCCAUCUAGAAAAAUGGUUUAGGUGUGUUCAUUUUGAACUUGGUGUGUGAAUGUUGCUUUUCUCUGGGUGACAUGUGCAGCGUUCAGGGUGGUGUCAGGUAUGAGUUGUCAGAACGUGUUUCUACGUGGUUGUUGAAGUAACCUAACGAGCUAUACCGUAAUGGUACUUUUAAAUAGAUCCAUUGAAAACAUGGACAAACUGUACAUAGACACAUGACUGGGAUUGUCACAGCUACUAACAUCAUCAGGUUUAUCAUUCAAUAUUGCACUGCUAUUGUAAGGAGGCUGUGUUGUUAGGUCAGGUUAUGUCAGUUCUAUCACGGCUAGUGUGUGUGUGAGUGUGAGAGAGUAAAGUGGAGCCAACUGUACCUCAUCCAUGCUUAUGAUUGUGCAGCUACACAGACAAAAGAGUAGAUUGGGCAGGUUGUUUCUGAACGCUGGCAUAUUUCACAUUUGUACACGCAUGACAGGAACCCAAUACAACACCAGUUCAUGACGACAUACGGAUUUACUAAAACAACUAGAUUUGCAUGCACAAUUUAAUUACAUUUUUUUUAUUGUUUCCUUUCUUUGUGUUUGAGCAGCACUUUUAAAAAAUAACUGCAUCAGACACAGAGGACAGUGUAAGGGGAGUCUUCCCUUCACAAUCAGACUGUCUUCUGCUGGACCUCAGAUUAAGAGACAAGAAGGGAACAGUCUGAUGCUGACGGGAGCUGCCCGCCCUGUGCUGUAUGACAUGCUGUGUGUUGCGCAGUUUGAUAGCGGCACCAGUGAUGUAAGCCAGUUCAUACUGUAAAUGGAGGGCUUUGAGUGUAGGAAAAAGAUGGAGUCUAAAAUAUAGAAUGGAGUAUUCUAUUGUGAUCACAAAUAAGCGCUUGCAAAAUCUACUGUUUCUUUUAUGUUUUCUUUUAUUUUUUGUUUGUGAAAGACAAAGCUUCUGUGUAUUCAAUUUUCUCUUUCUGAUAAGGUAAAAUUCAGGGGAAUUAGUUGUGAAUGUAAUAAAAUUAGUACCUUUUUUCUUUUUCACAGCUUUCAUGCUGUGACAGAAGGUCUAGACAACGGAGCAUAACAGAAUAUCUAAUAAAUUUGAACAAAUAAAAGAAUGUGUGCUUGAGUUC